AGUAUGGGCUGUACUUUCAUAGUACUACACCGAAUAUGGGCCAGUCAGCAAUGAAACAAAUUUUCCUAUAAGGAGCUUAUAUAUAAGAAAACAUAUACUAAUUCGUUUCAAGUUUCCUUCACAUUUCAAGGGCUUUUAUAACGUUACAAUUUCCCGGAACCUUUUGGAGUUUCUUUUUCUGAGUUAAGUGCAGCGGUUGAAGCAGCGCCAGCUAGCAUCAACUGUAACGUUAGUGUUGAAGCAGAGAAAUGGGACGUAUUGAUAUUGAGCAGAUUAUCAGUUACAUCCGCCUCCUCCACUGCAAAUACCCCCGCUGCCUUCAGUGAGCGGUGUUGUUGUGUCAGUACAGUAACUGUUAGCGGAAAUUGUCGUCGUUUCUGUUUUACUUCUCGGCUUGUGUUGGCGUGGCAGUAGCUGCUUCUUUGUCUGUGUAAUCCGUGUAGGGACUAUGCUCGGAAAACACGGGUGUUUCUCCUUUUACACGCUCAAAGUCGUUACAAGGACCCCGUGGAUGAUAAGCACCUUAUAACAGUCUCCGUAGAGCCAGUGGCGACCAGCUGACGUCGCUUCACAACUUCUUGCCCACACAGCCCAACAUGGAAGAUGAUAUGUUUGACCAGAUUGUGGCCGUGUUCAACUCGCUGGUGUCGUGGGUCGCCGCUGGUGCCAUGGUGUUCGGUGGGGUGGUGCCCUACAUCCCCCAGUACAGAGACAUCCGCCGGACCCAGAAUGCAGAGGGGUUCUCCACCUAUGUGUGCCUGGUCCUCCUGGUGGCAAACAUCCUACGAAUACUCUUCAGAUUUGGCCGCUACUUCGAGACGCUGCUGCUGUGGCAGAGCAUCAUCAUGAUCGCCACCAUGCUCAUCAUGCUGAACCUGUGCACCAACGUCCGCAUGGCCACUGAACUCAACACCAAAAGGCGCUCCUUCAUAGCGACAGACAGUAAGGACGAGGAGAUCAGAAUCCCUAAGAGGCUCUUUCUGGACUUUGACUGGAACUACUUCUGGUUGUGGAGUCAGUUCGUGGACUACUUGCAGUGCGUGCUGGCCUUCACGCUGGUGGCGGCGUACAUCACCUACCUCUUUCUGGACUCUGCGCUGUUCGUGGAGACCCUGGGCUUCCUGGCCGUCUUCACUGAAGCAAUGCUGGGCACGCCGCAGCUCCACUGCAAUUACCAGAACAAGUCCACAGAGGGCAUGAGUAUCAAGAUGGUGCUGAUGUGGACCAGUGGUGACACUUUUAAAACGGGCUACUUCCUGCUCACCCAGGCUCCUAUGCAGUUCUGGAUAUGUGGCCUGCUGCAGGUCUUUGUGGACUUCGCCAUCCUGUUCCAGGUUUACUACUAUAGCCGCUACCCACAGAAACCGGUGUCCCACACCGUCUCCCACACCACCAGUGCCAAAGCCCUCUGAAAGCCUCUGCAAGCACUCCGAGGACACAUCAACACUCCAAAACACCAGUGAGGAAGAACUGCGCUGUGGACAUGUAUAAACAUACACGAGUACCAAAGCACCUUGAGAUGAUGCAGGCUGCUCACCCUCACCUCCAAGUAUACAUAAAGACACAUAAACGCCCAUAAAUAAGGCAUGAACAUAACCAGAUACGUUGUGGUGUCAGUGUCUACAGGGAACCUGAAGGACACUUGUUACAAACAAACUCAACCUCUUGUUUUAUUUAUCCAGCUGACUUCUUCUCAAUGCAACAGUAUGCUUGUGACUUUGAAUGCCGACUUCUCAAAGAAUAUAUCCUUGAAUCAGCCUGCGCAUGUGGAGAAUAGUAUGCACACAUGAAAAUAUACAGUAUAAAAACUGCAGAUGUAUGCACUGAAAUCUGUGCCCAAUGAAACGUGGACUAGCUUUUGUCAUCCACGUUAGCUGAUGAUUGUCGCAUGGACCCUCUGCCUUAACACACACACAUUUGAACAUGGCUUGCUGCAUUACCAGCAAUAUAAAUGUAUGAAUCAAUCACAAAAAAUCACCACUGAAUGUACAAAGUGGCAUUUGUUAUUUUGUAGUUUUUCCUGACACAGUGGAGAAAUGCUGGUCAGUCUACCACUUGUUGGACAGAUGGUCGCCAUGUGCUGUGACACACAGUCUUGUAGGAUAAUAGAGGAACUGUAAGAAACUAGAGGCAAUCAGACUUUACCAAAAGAAGAAAAAUCCCAAAGGCUUGGAGAUGCAAUGCAUUGGCUUCUAAAAAACAAAUGGUCAUAAACAUAAGUGGCCUUGAGGCUUAUGAAGUGAACUGUAAAUCGAGAUUUGUAUGCUGGAAGCUGUAGGAAACAUCACAUCACCAGUGUUCAGGCUGUCAGGAUUGUUGAAAGGCCAGUGAUUUUUGUACUGAAGCUGUUGAUGACAUUUUGUAUAGAAUUUUGAUCAAUUUAAUUCCAUCAACUCCAAAGGAGUCAGUUUAUCCACCACAUUGCCAUAUUCCUUAGGAGCAUUUAAACUGAACACAAAGCACAUCUUAGCACCCCCUUGAAAGGUCAUUUUGGUUACAUUAACUGUUACGUUACAGCUUUUUUUCUGCAUUCAGGCAAUGUCAGCAGAACACGAAGAACAGAAAAACCCACUAUUAUGCGACUAGGACUAGGUUCAUGCAUUAUUCUUGGUUGGUUACUGCUAGCCUUGUGGUCACAUUUAAAUAGUCUAAAGUAGAUACUUUUGUUGUGGACUGGAUUAGUAAAUAUUGAUGGCUUUGCAGCCAUUUUACCACCAGUUUGUUGAAACUUGUGUAGUUUUUUUUCACCUGGUGGGAGACAAUAUCAUGGUUGUCAAGAUUUUCCAAUACUUUUCACUCAGAAUUACAACUAGGGAGCUGAGGUGAAUGUUUUUUUUCCCACACUGCUCGGAAUUACUGUGAGAACAAUACAAGGUGGAUGCUGCAUUAUUUAGCAAUUUUGCCCAUCAUUCUUAUCUGUAAUAUUAACAUUAUACAGAUCAAGUUAAUUGCUGAGAUCUGGGAAUGCAGCAACAUUGCUGCAAGGAUCAUACAAUCUCAUAAAUUAUUUUGGUGAACACUGAUUAUUAUUACCCAUGGAAAUUAAAGCCGAAGUUAGAAGUUUUAAUGAACCACAAUUAUCCUUUUAGAGAGGUUCACUUAACGUUUUACAGACUGAUACUUCUGAAUAUGCUCUGCAAAAUCACAUCAUAUUGGCUGUGGGUAACACUGACUGGCCAGUUUAUCAUUUAUAUUGCAAAUCCAAUAACAUCCCCUGAUAUCCAUACUCAUGACUCCACCUCGCUGCGUGGUGCUGUGUUGGGCAGCUUGUACUCAUCACCAUUUUAUCAUAAAAAAUUAAUUUCCUGUUCAGAAGGAGAAGCUGCCACAUAGCACAGUGAAGAUUGUCUUUGUUAUUGUUGUUUUGUAAUUUUCCUCUGGUGAGGGGAGAAAUGCCAAACCAGGAGGUGUACGACUGUCAGCUCUUCAGUGAACUGUGUACCAGAGCAGACCUGAUUCUGUCCUCCUCUUUUAAGCCUCAAGAAAUAGAAACUUCCCUUUUAUUCCAGUGGGACGUGGCAAGACUUUUCUAUAAAUAUUUCUUUCGUGGCUCUUAAAUAAUAUAACAAAAAAAAGAUGUGGAAUGAUCCUUUGUUUCUUAGUAGUGGAUGUGCAUUUUUUGUGUUCACCAUAUUUAUUUUGUUAUCCUUUUUUUACAAUCUUGUAAGAUAGAUUGUUUUAUUCAAACAGUGGUGAGAGUGUGUUGUGUGGAUAAUGUGAGAGACCGUUGAGACAGGUUCUUGUUGUGCUCGACAGGAUCAAAAAUAACCUUCACUUUAGUUACUGUUCAAUUCCAUGUAUCUCUACUUUUUUUUUUACUUUGUUUUGUAUCAUUUGGUUCAUUCAUUUUAUCAUGUUUAGUUAUUUUCCUAUAGAAACUGCCAACUACAUUUUCUUAUCUGUAAAACACACACCUAGUUUAUUAAUGUACCAAAAAUAUUAUUUCCAGUAUGUUUCUUUUCCUUUUUACUAUGUUACAUCUGUUGGUGUGUAUUUAGUUUUUCUAUUAAACUGCCAAAUGUCCACCUCAGUAACUAAUGAAAUCCAUCAACACAUGCGGCUGUUUAAACACGGAGUAUCGUUGAGAAUCUACUAUCAUGGCAUUGUCUCCCAAUAAAGAGGACAUGGAGAGA